AUGGCACAAGUUAUUUCAAACUCCGGGCAUGAUGAUAUGAUUCACGAUGCAGUCCUAGAUUACUACGGCCGGCGACUUGCAACAUGCUCUUCCGAUAAGACAGUAAAGAUCUUUGAGGUAGAGGGCGAAUCGCAUCGUCUCACAGAAACCCUCAAAGGUCACGAAGGCGCCGUUUGGUCGGUCUCAUGGGCGCAUCCAAAGUACGGCAAUAUCCUCGCAUCUGCCAGCUACGAUGGCAAAGUCUUCAUUUGGCGCGAACAAGGCACGACGUGGACCAGAGUCUUCGAUUUCGCUUUGCACACUGCAUCCGUAAACAUCAUCUCCUGGUCACCACACGAAUCUGGUUGCUUGCUUGCAUGCGCUUCUUCUGAUGGCAUGGUUUCUGUUCUCGAAUUCAAGGAUAACUCGAUGGACCACAAGAUCUUCCACGCGCACGGCAUUGGAGUCAAUUCUGUUUCCUGGGCACCAAGCACAAGUCCUGGUUCGCUGGUUUCGAGCGCAGGCGGUCAGGGAGGCGUACGAAGAUUUGUUACAGGAGGAAGCGACAAUAUGCUGAGACUUUGGAGCUUCGAUGCUGCGUCGCAGAACUACACACAGGAGCGAGAGCCAUUGACGGGUCAUACAGAUUGGGUUCGUGACGUAGCCUGGUCCCCUACAGUCCUCCAAAAGAGCUAUAUCGCGUCUGCCAGUCAGGAUAAGACGGUUCGGAUCUGGACGAGUGAUCCUAGCCAACCAGGUGUGUGGAACAGCAAGGUCUUGAAUUUUGACGUGGUACUCUGGAGAGUUAGCUGGAGUUUGAGCGGGAACGUAUUGGCAGUCAGUGCAGGAGAUAAUAAAGUCAGUCUGUGGAAGGAGAACCUGAGGGGAGAGUGGGAAUGUGUGAAGACUAUCGAGGAGUGA